UUGAUAAUUUGUAGUAUAAAAUGCAGGAAUAUGAUCUGUGACUGGCUUCCCACAUCUGAACUUGGGUAAGUUCAUGGGGGAAGACUCUGCUCUAGGAGCCACAGUGUGCAACUGUUCUGCCAUUGUCUCUGCCAAGUCUGUUUGGCAAGCUCAAAAGUACAAGCAGGACUUACUCUGUAUAAAUAACCACCCCGAGGCAGGGAGUACUCAGCUGACCUCGUCAAAUCUUUGUGCAUUUUCCACAGCCUUGAGAAAUUCUUCUCAUAAAUCUUCAAAGGUUUCAUAUGGAGGUAAGUCAAGGCAGUUAAAGCACGUGUGAACUCUGGGCAGUUUUUCAGAACUCCACUAUUGCUCUAUUGUGAACCACUGGAAACCACUGGGACAAAAGGGUGAGACAAAUUCAUAGACAGGUACUUGGGAUGUCCCUGUGACAAACUGUAGUAACUGGAGAUACUUCUCGGGAAGCAUCAGCAGCACAGCCUUUCAGAACCAUGGAAUGACAGGAGGGUUUGGGCAUUAGCCUUUCCUGUAAAUAGAAUGUUGUCCCCAAUCAUUCAUGUCCACACUGCCAAGGUUGCACAUCAGCAACUCCAGCUCGUUUUCAUCAAACAUUUUACUCAAAUCAAUAGGAAGCAGUUCUGUGACUUGCUCCAAGGUGUUCAUUUGCUGCUGGACCCUGUUCAUGAAUCUGCACUGGAUGACUCAGUCUUUGCCUAAAGUCCAACUGAAGUCUCAGUCAAGUCUGAAAGAUAAAAAAAAAAAAAAAAAAUCCAGGGGGACUCAGUUAUAGGGGAGCUCCACCCUAAAAACACUUUUGUGAGUUUUACCUUCAGGAGCUUUAGGAGGUUCAGACAGUGAAUAUUGGAGAAAAAUCUCCUGCUUCUGGCAGGGAGAGAACAAAAGCCAUUUGAAAUAUACCAGAGCAUUCUGUUCUUCUUAACAAGGCCUGCUCUCAGAAGAAGUUCUUGGCCUCUUUCCGUCUCCGGCUGCCGUAGCGAGAGGAGCCGCAGCCAUGUCCGCCCACCUGCAGUGGACGGUCGUGCGGAACUGCUCCAGCUUCCUGAUCAAGAGGAACAAGCAGACCGACAGCACUGAGCCUAACAACCUGAAGGCUCGCAACUCGUUCCGCUACAACGGGCUGAUUCACCGCAAGACCGUGGGCGUGGAGCCGGCGGCCGACGGUAAAGGCGUGGUGGUGGUCAUGAAGCGGAGAUCUGGCCGGCGGAAAGCCGCCACCUCCUACGUUCGAACCACCACUAACAAGAAUGCCCGGGCCACCCCCAGCAGCAUCCGGCACAUGAUCCGCAAGAACAAGUACCGCCCAGAUCUGCGCAUGGCUGCCAUUCGCAGAGCCAGCGCCAUCCUGUGCAGCCAGAAGCCUGUGAUGGUGAAGAGGGAGAGGGCCCGCCCCACCAAGAGCUCCUGAGCACCUGCCCCUGCCUCUAAAGCAAUAA